UGAAUUUAUUUCAAUUGACUGAUUUCCUUCUAUGAACUGUAACUCAGUGAAAUCUUUGCAAUUGUUGCAUGUUGCGUUUAUAUUUUUUGUUCAGUAUAAAAUCCUUAAGUCCCAAAAACGUUUCUGCUGCAGCCACAAUAAUGUCCAGUUUCUUAGACUUCUUUGAGAGUUGAGCCGCAGUUUAUAACUGGCAAUGAACAACACAAAAUCCCCCUUUUUAACACAGUAUCUUUUGACUGGCAGGAAACAUUUACUACAGGCUGUGGUACAUCCACUACCAUGUAUUCACUAGCAUCACUUGUUUUCCCAAUUAAUUAUAUGGGUUUCUGGAGGACUGCGUGAUUAUUCCUCAUGGAUCUGAAUGUGGUAAUGUUUUCAUUGUCUUUUCUAUUAUAAAAAGAAAAUGUCUGUUCUCACAAACUAAUACAUUUCACAGGUUCCUUGCAGGAUAGGAGAGCAUUAGAUAAUGGCUCUAUUGUGCAAGAAUUGUCUCAUUUAUUAGGAAUAUUGGGAUUUGAGAUAUGAGUUUAUUGAUGAAGACAAAAUGUAUAUUUGUGUGUGUGUUAGUUUUUAUACGUAGUCAUGUCUAAUUGAAAAUGCUGUUAUAACAGAAUAUUCAGUUAUAUUAUUUGUAACAGUUGGUCAUAAAUCUACCUAAAUGAGACACCUGAUAUAAGCCUAUAUGAGCAUCGUUUGCCGCAAUGAUAAUCUUAUUUGUAUCGAUAGAAGCGAAGCGCCCUCUUAAAUAUAUUCUGAUUUGUUGGUGGAAAACGACUGCCCCCUACAGAUGAUAACACUGGUAUUGCCGCUCCGAAAAAAUUCGAAAGGAUUUUCCGGGCAAACCCGAGUACCAACCCCCUUCACGCCUAAUGUUGCUGUACCUCAACCCUCCCCCGUAUCAGAGGAGUAGAAACAACAAGCCGCCAUUUUGUUUGUGCGGACAGAUCGAGAGAGGCAGGAGAUACCGAGAAAGAAAGCGACUUCAGCGCCGAUAAUAGCGACUCCAAGACCCGCCGGUGAAAGAGUGGCGAUGUCGUGUCGGUGCGAAAAGAGGGAAGAAAGUAAAAAUAAAAGAUAAGGCAGGAGAAGAAUGAGGGAGUGAAAAAAGGAAAAUCUCUGAAAAUCCAAGGAAGGGGUGUUUUUACGGAGUGGAGAGGAGAGGCGGAAGAAGGCAAUAUAUUUAACGAAGAAAAAAACCUGCGAGCGAAAGAAAAAAUACAACAUGAAAAAAAAAUCAUAAUUUACCCAUCGCCACAGAUGAAAAAAUGCCCGCAUAGACAAAUAUACCGAUAAUUGUAUAUUGGAUAUUUGAGGCGGGAGUAAAAGGAAGGUUUAAAGGAAAAUAUAAAUUAGGAUAAUCGUGAAGGGGGGCAUUUACCACCACAAAGACUCAAAGGAUUUUGUGGACCACAUAUGUUUGGGGGUGUUAUCAUUAUUUUAUGGACGAAGCUUGACACUUUUCUAAAAUAGCCAUAAUAUUGUAGCGACCCCUCGCUUUAUCAGAUUUUCGCUCAUCGCUGUAUUCUCUUGUUCGGGAUUUUUUUCUUCACUUGCAUUGCAACCUAAAUCAGCAUACGCAGUGACCGAUGAUUUCUUGCAAUAUUUAUCAACCAAUUUCAUCUUUUUAAUCAAUGGUGAUCUUAUUGCAGUAGGUUAUAUGAUUACAUUUGAAGAGCUUUCUUGGGUAAGCUUUAAAUCUCAACACUUGGGGAAGUAAACCAAACGUCCUCUGCAAAAUAAAACUAGGACUAAUUGAAUCAAUUUGAUAGGACAUUAAUUGGCACAUUCUGGGCUAUAACUCAAACGAUUUUUACAACAUCAAAUCUCAGAAUUUAGCCUAAAUGAUUUGUCAUAACACAAACUAAUUGCUCAAAAUUGUAUUGCUUCAAUUUAACCUCAUUGCAUGUAAUUGGCAUAAUCGCGCAAAGGGUGCAACAUCCAAAUGUGCAUUCAGUGUCCGUUAUUUUUUCCAAUUCAGUGCCUUGCAUUGACAAACUAACAAACUAAUGUCACGAUGUAGACUACAAGUAGAUGGUAAGGGAAAUUUAUUAAAUGCAUGGAAUUAAUUUAUCGAAUAGGAGCCCAUAGGUGUAGUACAAUCUAUUGGAGAACGGAACUUGAUCAGUCAGCGUCACUGUAUUAUUUUUUUCAGAUUUGAAUUGCACCCCUAUACAAUGGUAUUUAUCUAAAAGACGAUGCGAAUUGUUUUCAAUGUUGAAUGAGGUUUUUAACCCAUGCUUUAAAUGCAUCUUAAACCACUAUCACUCAUUGGGACUGGGUAUCCCGGUUUCAUAGCCCCAAAUAUAGAUAAGCCUAUCAAGUUCUUGUUUCUUGACGAUCCCAAUUUACGUAUGGGGAUGAUUUUGAUAUUCUGUCACUGUCGGACACAUUCAUCCGUGUUUUUUUUAUUAGACUAAGGACCUAACGCCAUAAUUGUAUUAUUUGACAACUCAUUACUUUGUGGUAAUGUUGGGAUCAAAUUGCAUUGACUGUAAUGGCAAUUCAGACAAAGUGGAAGAUUUAUCCGUUUUCGGGUCCCUCAUAACUGUUGCAUGAGACGAGGCCCCCAAAGGUACCUACCACUGGGGUACGGUUUGCUUGCGUUCUUUAUCGCGUUUCCCAUUUUGCUUCCCUGGACACGACCCCUGAGUGGAGUGCUCUAGAAUUAAACACUCGAUUUCGCCGGCGACUAUGGCGGAAAAGACUGAUGCUGCCAUGGAGGACAGGUCUUGGGACCAUUUUUCCAACGCCAAAGAGGCUAAAUGAGAUUGUCGAAGGCCUACUUGCUUGUCUUUUUCAUCGACUCCACCUUCCCUCCUUCUAAACUCGGAGAAAUCUAUAAAGGAACAACAUCUCCGACAGGGGAGGGGGAUUGAUAGCGACGGCUAAGCAUAGAUCGAGAGUGGGAACCCUGAAAGGAAGAGUGUAUCGCAAUUGCCUCCUUUCCCCCUACCGUCCCUAAACGGUGGGGGAAGAAUCACAAACAUUUACAGAAGGGAAGUUUGAAAGAACUCAGACGCAAACAAGGGAAUAAGCCAAUCCUUUGUGGAUAUAUAGCUAUUUUUUAAUUCGUGAAAAAAUAUGGCCGAUAAUGUUCUGGAGUCCGGCCCGCCUUCAGCCAAGAGGCCUAAACUAUCAUCCCCUGCUCUCUCAGUCUCCGCCAGUGAUGGAAACGAUUUCGGUUCACUCUUUGACCUGGAGCACGACCUACCCGAUGAGCUCAUCAAUUCGUCGGAGCUGGGGCUGGUCAACGGCGGGGACCUCAGCCAGCUGCACACCAGCCUGGGAGGAGGCCAGGACGCUGCUGCCAAACACAAACAGCUCUCGGAGCUUCUCCGGGCUGGAGCGCUGCCACCCUCGGGUCAACAGGGAGCCACCAACAGCCCCGGUGGCUCCAUGGGACUCCUGGGCAGCAUGAAUGCCUCCCCUGGGCCCCAGAAUAUGGGUCCCCAGGGGCAGCACCCCUCACCCCAGCAGGCUGGCAUUAUGCAGCAGGCGGGCAUGGUGGGUGGACUGAACAGGGCCAUGAUGGGGGCCCAGAAGGGCAACGGACAGCAUCAAGGGUCCACGCCCCAGGGCAUGAUGGGAGGCCAGGUGAUGAAUGGCUCGCCCCGAAUGGGUUACCAGGUCAACCCGGGAAUGGGAAGUAACAGUAACCUGCUGGCAGAAACCCUGCAGCAGCAGGGGGGGCAGCAAAUGGGGGCAGGGGGUCAGGCUGGGAUGAGGCCACAGCAACCUGGAGCACUGAACAAGAUGAAUAUGAUGGCUAAUGUGGGCCCCUAUGGUGGUCCGUACGGUCAGUUAGCAGGCCAGGUUCUGGGUGGUGCUGGGCUGGGCCCACAGCACCAGAACAAGGCUGGUCUGGCCAACAGCCUGGCCCAGUUCAACCUGGACAAGAAGACACCGCCUAUACAGGGCAUGGCUGGGAUGGCCUCACAGCAGGCUUCGGCAGUAGGGCCAGUGUCGGUGGGUGGAGCGGCGGUUGGAGCCGGGGCCCAGGCUGGCCUUGGUACUGUGGCAACAGGUCCGGGGGCAGCGCCUCCCACUGCCGACCCGGAGAAGCGCAAGCUGAUUCAGCAGCAGCUGGUGCUCCUGCUCCACGCCCACAAGUGCCAGCGGCGGGAGCAGGCCAACGGGGAGGUGCGCCAGUGCAGCCUGCCCCACUGCCGCACCAUGAAGAACGUCCUCAACCACAUGACCCACUGCCAGGCUGGAAAGUCCUGCCAGGUGGCACACUGUGCCUCGUCACGACAGAUCAUCUCUCACUGGAAGAACUGCACUCGGCACGACUGUCCUGUCUGCCUGCCGCUCAAGAACGCUGGAGACAAAAGGAACCAGCAGUCUCUACUAAGCAGUGCUGGGGUUGGCCUGGGCAACUCGUUAGGGGCAGUGCCAGGGGGUCAGCCCAGUACCCCUAACCUCACCCCGCCCAACCAGAUCGACCCCAGCUCCAUUGAGAGGGCCUACGCCGCCCUGGGCCUCACCUACCAGGGCAACCAGAUGCCCCAGCAACCACCUCAGGCCAACCUGCCCAACCAGCCUGGCAUGCGGUCGUUAAAUGCCAUGGGAGGGAACCCCAUGGGGAUGAAUGGAGGGGUGGGGGUGCAGCCCCCCAAUCAGUCCAACCUGCUACCAGACGUCAUGCUUCACAACAAUAUGAAUGUGCAAAGUUUGAUGAACGACGGCAGCGGGGUGGGCAGCCUGGGCUCCAUGCCCAUGGCGACCCCUCCCUCAGCCGCGGGCAUGAGGAAGAACUGGCACGAGGACAUCACCCAGGACCUGCGCAACCACCUCGUCCACAAGCUUGUGCAGGCCAUCUUCCCCACCCCGGACCCGGCUGCGCUGAAGGACCGGCGGAUGGAGAACCUGGUGGCAUACGCUCGUAAAGUAGAGGGGGACAUGUAUGAGUCGGCCAACAGCAGGGCGGAGUACUACCACCUCCUGGCUGAGAAGAUCUAUAAAAUCCAGAAGGAACUGGAGGAGAAGCGGCGGACGCGGUUACAGAAGCAGGGCAUGAUGCCCACGCAACCCGGCAUGCCCCCCUCAGGCCUGCCUCAGGGACCCCUUGGCAUGGGCCAGUCGCCUCUGGCCCCCGGACAGCCGUCCAAUGGUUCUCAUGCUGACCCCUCCAUGGUUCGACCCACCGGACCCAAUCAGAUGGUGAACAGGAUGCAGAACCCUGCAGGGAUGAAUCAGUUUGGACAAAUGGGUAUGCAGUCAUUAGGUCAGAGGUCAACGCCUCCCCUCCCACUUGGUGGACCUCUAAAUCAGAUGGGUAUGGGGCCAACGCGGAUGGGGCAGCCCAAUGUGGCCCAGCUCCAGAACCAGUACCUCCCUUCUGGUCAGUUCCCUGGGUCCAGUCCUGGCCUCGGGGCUGGCCCAGUCGGCAUGAACCAUCCAGGGCCACAAGGAGGCGUGGCACAGCAGGCCCAGAUGCCCACGCCGCCCUCGCUCCCGGUCAGCAGCCCUGCAGCCCAGCCAGGCUCAGUGGCAGGAUCAGGGCCCUCCCAGGGCUCUAUGGGGCCAGGCAGUGUAGGUGGAGGCCCUCCUUCCAACCUGCAACUGCCCAACUCUUCUCAGCCCAACUCACACCCGCACUGCCCCCCCAUCCGACAGAACUCCCCCUCCCCGGCACGCAGCCUCACGCCAACCCCUCAUCAGACGCCGCCUGGUCUGCCAGGCUCGCAAACCCCCCAGCCUCACACGCCCAACCCGCCCCAGGUUGCCGCUCCGCUCCCGCAGCUAGCGUCGUCACAGCCAAUGGGGCAAGGAAUGAACUCGGAGAAGCCCAGUCAGCUCCAGCAGCAGACAAACGGUGGUGGAGCUUCUGGAGUCCUCCAGACAGGGCAGGCUCAGUCUGUGCCUACCCAGAAUGCCCAUGUGCCAACCCAGCUUCCGCAAACUCCACUGUCUCAGAAGUCUUCACUGACGGCAGACGGCCAGGCUUCCACUCCGGCCUCGGUGAGCAGCGUGGACCCUAGCUCCCAGCUGACCUCGUCUGACGCCCCUGCCCCAGCUGAGCCCAAGAUGGAGGUGAAACAGCAGGACGAUGAGGAUGCCGAGGACCAGGGAGAGGGGAAGGCCUCUGGGAAGAUGGGCAAGGGACAGGCAGACAUCAAGUCAGAGGAGAAACCUGAGAUUAAGAAGGAGAAGCCUUCAGGCGACGGCUGCAAGGGCGAGCCUAUGGACACAUCGUCAUCGGUAGCAACGCCGAAGAUAGAGGACAGAGACAGGAAGCCAGAGGUGAAGACUGAGCCCAAAGACGAAGAGGAGAGGUCGGGGGCAUCGGGCACGCACAGCUCCCCCGCCAGCGCUCAAAACAAGAGGAAAAUCUUUAAGCCUGAGGAGCUGCGUCAGGCUCUGAUGCCCACCCUGGAGGCCUUGUACCGCCAAGACCCUGAGUCUCUGCCCUUCCGCCAACCGGUGGACCCCCAGUUACUGGGAAUACCCGACUACUUUGACAUUGUAAAGAACCCCAUAGACCUGUCGACGAUAAAGCGUAAGCUGGACACAGGACAGUACCAGGAGCCCUGGCAAUAUGUGGAUGACAUCUGGCUCAUGUUUAACAACGCCUGGCUGUACAACCGCAAGACAUCCCGCGUCUACAAGUACUGCUCCAAGCUGGCCGAGGUGUUCGAAGCUGAAAUCGACCCGGUCAUGCAGGGCCUGGGCUACUGCUGCGGGAGGAAGCUUGAGUUUUCCCCCCAAACUCUAUGCUGCUAUGGGAAACAGUUAUGCACCAUCCCGCGUGACGCUGCUUAUUUUAGUUACCAGAACAGGUACCACUUCUGUGAGAAGUGUUUCAACGAAAUCCAGGGCGAGUGCGUGUCCCUGGGGGAUGAUCCUUCUCAGCCUCAGACGUCCAUCAGCAAAGAUCAGUUUCAGAGGAAGAAGAAUGACACGCUCGACCCUGAAUGGCUUGUGGAAUGUACCGACUGCGGGCGUAAAAUGCACCAAAUCUGUGUCCUGCAUAAUGACACCAUAUGGCCGGCAGGCUUUGUAUGUGACAGCUGCCUUAAGAAGGCCAAUAAGACGCGGAAAGAGAACAAAUACGCGGCCAGAAGGCUCCCCCAAACUAAGUUGGGCAGCUUCCUAGAGGGGCGAGUGAAUGACUACCUCAGGCGGCAGAACCAUCCAGAGUCUGGUGACGUCACUAUCCGUGUGGUCCAUGUCUCCGACAAGGUGGUGGAGGUCAAGCCAGGCAUGAAGUCCAGGUUUGUGGACACCGGGGAGAUGUCCGAGUCCUUUCCCUACAGAACGAAGGCGCUGUUUGCUUUCGAGGACAUAGACGGGGCUGACGUCUGCUUCUUCGGCAUGCAUGUGCAGGAGUACGGCUCAGACAGCCCUCCGCCCAACCAGAGACGCGUGUAUAUCUCUUACCUGGACAGCGUGCACUUCUUCCAACCUCGACACCUACGCACAGGCGUCUACCAUGAGAUACUCAUAGGGUACCUGGAGUACGUCAAGAAGUUGGGGUUUACAACAGGGCACAUCUGGGCUUGUCCCCCAAGUGAAGGGGACGACUACAUCUUCCACUGUCAUCCUGUGGACCAGAAGAUCCCCAAGCCCAAGCGUCUACAGGAGUGGUACAAGAAGAUGCUGGACAAGGCCGUAGCUGAGCGCAUUGUGCAUGACUACAAGGAUGUCUUCAAGCAGGCCACAGAGGACCGUCUCACCAGUGCCAACGAACUACCAUACUUUGAGGGGGACUUCUGGCCCAACGUGCUGGAGGAGAGCAUCAAGGAGCUGGAGCAGGAGGAGGAGGAGAGGAAGAGGGAGGAGAACAGCACCUCCAGCGAGAGCGUAGAUGCCCCGAAAAGUGACAGCAAGAAUGCCAAAAAGAAGAACAGCAAGAAGACGAGCAAGAACAAGAACAGCAGCCUGAUCCGAGCCAAUAAGAAGAAACCAGGGAUGCCCAAUGUGUCCAAUGACCUCUCCCAGAAGCUCUACGCUUGUAUGGAGAAACACAAGGAGGUGUUCUUUGUGAUCCGUCUCAUCGCCGGCCCCACUGCCAACUCCCUGCCCCCCAUCACGGACCCGGACACUCUAAUGGCCUGCGACCUGAUGGAUGGGCGUGACGCCUUCCUGACGCUGGCCCGGGACAAGCACCUGGAGUUCUCCUCCCUGAGGAGAGCCAAGUGGAGCUCCAUGUGCAUGCUGGUGGAGCUACACAAUCAGAGCCAGGACCGCUUCGUCUACACCUGCAAUGAGUGCAAGGCAAGCGUGGAGACACGCUUCCACUGCACCGUCUGCGAGGACUACGACCUGUGUAUCACCUGCUAUAACACUAAGGGCCAUGAACACAAGAUGGAGAAGCUGGGCCUGGGCCUGGACGACGAGAGCAGCAACGCAGCGGCCGCUGCCACUCAGAGCCCCGGGGACUCCCGCCGCCUCAGCAUUCAGCGCUGCAUCCAGUCCCUGGUCCACGCCUGCCAAUGCCGCAAUGCCAACUGCUCCCUGCCGUCCUGCCAGAAGAUGAAGCGUGUGGUGCAGCACACCAAGGGAUGCAAGCGCAAGACCAACGGUGGCUGCCCCAUCUGCAAGCAACUCAUUGCCCUGUGCUGCUACCACGCCAAGCACUGCCAGGAGAACAAGUGCCCCGUACCCUUCUGCCUCAACAUCAAGCACAAGCUCCGCCAGCAGCAACUCCAGCACCGCCUCCAGCAGGCUCAGAUGCUUCGGAGACGGAUGGCCAGCAUGCAGCGGGUGGGCCAGCCUGCCUGCGGAGGAGGACCUCCUGGGGGGCUGCCAUCACCAGGUAACAAUGGUACCACAGCCCCCAGUACACCCACAUCAGGAGGCACCCAGCCCCCAACACCACAGACACCCACCCAGCCCAACAUGCCUCCUGGGCCCCAGCCAGGGAUGGGUGGUGGAGGAACUUUGCAGCAGCAGCAAGGUGGGAUGCCUCAGCAGCACCACCAGCUUCACCACCAGUUUCAGCAGAUGCCUGGAGGAGGGGGGAUGAUGAACUCCCCCCAGCAACAGCAGAUGGUUCCUCAGGUCCAGCAGCAGUCCCAAGCCUCAAACCCUCAACAGCUCCAGCAACACCCCAACAGCCUGUCCCCUUACACCAACAGGCCUCCAGGCUCCUCACCGCACCCUCAGUCCCAAGGCAAACCGGGCCUGGGACCAGCCACACCACCUCAGCAGCAACCACCACAACAGCAGCCCAACCCUGGCCAGCCUUCUAUGCCCCAGCAGCAGCAGCAACCUCCUUCAGGGCCUCCUCCAGCGGCUGUGGAGAUCGCCAUGAAGAUUCAACAAGUGGCAGACGCCCAAAGGAAGAUGUCCCUGCAGAGGCAGGCGGCGCAGGCAGCUGGCAUGAUGACUCCGCACCCUCACCACCAACAGCCCCAGGGCCAGAUGGGCAUGGCCCACCCUGGGGUGGGCAUGGUGGGGGCCCAGGGGCUGCCUCCUCAGGCUCAGGCUGCUGCUAGGGCUCACAUGGAGCAGCAACAACAACAGCAGCAGGGUCCUCCAGGUAUGAUGGUGGGCCCUGGCCCCAUGCAGCAGCAGCCCCAGCAGCCUAACCCCCAGGGCCAGCUGCCUCCACAGGUGCAGCAGCAGAGGGUUGGUCCCCCGCUUCAGAACCCCCAGCAACAGUGGGCCGGCCAGGGAAUGCCACCCCAGCAGAGGCAAGCCAUGAUGGGACAUCCAGGCAUGGUGGCGCCUCAGCAGCAACAACCGCAGCAAAUGCAACAGCGGCAGCAGGCUCAGGGACCUGGUGGAUUGAUUGGUAUGGUGCAGCAAGGUGGUGCAGCUGGGGGUGGGAACCUCCCGCAGGCUGCCCUUCAGGAACUGCUGCGUACCCUUCGCUCCCCCAGCUCACCCGAGCAGCAACAGCAGGUGCUCAACAUCCUCCGCUCAAACCCUCAGCUAAUGGCUGCCUUUAUCAAGCAGAGAGCCUCCAAGUAUAAGGGGGGCCCAGGACCCCCGGGAGCCCCUGGCGGGCCAGGUCCAGGCAGAGUUCCAGGAGGUAUGGGUGGCCAACAGGUCAAUGUGAAUGCUGUGGCUGGUCAGCCAGGUAUGCACAUGGGUCAGGGAGUCAACAUGCCCACUAUGACCCAGCUACAGCAAGUACAGCAGCUACAACAGCAGCAGCAGCAACAACAACAACAACAACAACCGCAGCAGCAGCGUCCUAUGCUUAGUAGUUUGCAGCAGCAACAGGUGGCAGCACUUCAGCAGCAUCAACAGCAUCAGCAAGGAGGGAUGCCAGGCCAGCAGGCACCUAACAUGGCCAACAUAAACCCCCAGUUCAGAGAGAUCCUUAUGAGGAGGCAUCUCCAACUGCAACAGCAACAGCAGCAGCAGCAGCAGCAGCAGCAGCAGCAGCAGCAGCAACAGAUUGGGAACCAUGCCCAGUUCCAGCAGCAGGGCUACAUUGGCCAGCCGGGCAUGGCCCCCCAGCAGCCUGGUCAGGGCCAGUCUGGACUGCAGCAGCAGCCUGGAGCCCAGCCAGGGCAGCAGCACCAGGGUUACCCCAGCACGGUGGCCCAGCAGCAGGCUGCUGCAGUGCUCCAGCAGAGGCUCCAGCAUCAGCACCAACUCCAGAUGCAGCAACAACACCAGAAUGCCAUGUCGGGCCACCAGGGGGCUGAGGGGGGUCCGGGUACUGGAGUAGGCGGCCCCCCUCAGCAGCCCCAGCCCCCGCAGGGCGCCCCCCAGCCGCAGUCCUCCCAGGCUCUGCUCCAGCAGGCACUGCACCAGAGGCUGCUUCAACAGCAGCAGCACCUGGGUGGGGGCUCUCCGGCCCAGCACAGCAGCCCCAUGAGCCCCCAGCAGCAGAUGGCCCAGUCCCCUCACCUUCAGAGCCAGACGCUGUCUACGUCCCUGUCUACGUCCCUCAGCAACCAAGUGCGCUCGCCCCAACCCUCCCCGCGACCCCAGUCCCAGCCACCACACUCUAGCCCCUCCCCGCGCAUGCAGCUCCAGCCUUCCCCUCACCAUAUCUCCCCACAGACCCAGACGGGCUCCCCGCACCCGGGCCAGCUACCCCAGCACCACCCUGGUAUGGUGGUCCCCUCUCAACAGCCGCCUCAGCAACAGAACUCAAUGGACCACUUUGGGUCAGACCAGAAUGCCAUGUUGUCUCAACUCAGUGGGAUGGGUGGUCUCCAUGGGCCUGGAGGACCUGACAUGCUGUCUGGGAACAGCCAGGACCUUGGGCAGAACAUUAAUCAUAACACUUUAGACAUGUAGCCUCGCCGUGCUUUCGGGACUGCACCUGGGACAGUUAGCCUUUUUUUUUUUUUUUUUUACUAAUAUUAUUUAAUGUUUUCAAUAAAAAAUACAUUGAAGUGAACUUCCUAUGGGAGAUGCAACUAUAAAUCAACACGUCGAUUAAUAAAUGAAUGGUAAGUUAUUGCUGUUAAUAUAUUUUUUGCCAAUUGUGUACAAAUAGGGGGAUGGUAUCUCCCUUAGAGAAUACGACGCAGGUAAUAUUUUUGGGGUUUGGGACUAUUGCCUUUUUAAGAAAUGUUUAAGAUAAAAAAAAUUAAAAAAAUGUAAGAGCAAAUGAUUUAAUGCAAUGGACUUAUUGUAAUUUCUCCAUAAAUCAGUCUUAUCAGUUUAGCAGUGAUUUGGAUUAAUAUUGUUAUAAAUCCAAACAUCAUGCAUAUCUUUCAUUUAAGUUUGGGUUUACUUUAUUUAUUUUUGUUUGAUGGUUUGUUGGCAUAUACCCGAAGACUGCUACAAUUCACAUAGAAUAUAUUUUUGUUAUUGAAAUGGGGGUGGGGUUAUUUCAUUUCACUGAUGUCUGGGUUGGGCUUUCAAUCUGGAAUAAAAUGAGUGUUUGUGGUUGAGGGUAUGCUGCAAGUUUCAGUGGCCAAUGGAGACUACAUUUGAAAUGCCUAACCAUUGGACAUCAAUACUGGAAGGGCCAGCCCUCUCACUGAACACACAUGCCCUCCCUCACCCUCUAAUGUGUGAGCACUCCUGUAAGACACUUAGUAUUGGAGGUGGGGGGCACAUACCUAUAUGCCUGUAACGUUUAGAGUACAUGAGGUAUGGGGGGGAGGGUCCGCCAGUGCAUAGGACAUUAUGGUUCUUGUAAAACAGGGAAUGGAUCCAAAUGAACUGUGCUGCAUAGAACUGAGGAAGGGGAGAGAUGUGACCAGACACGCUCUGCCUCACCCUUACUUUUCCCUCUGGACUUAACCACAGCAGCUCAAGAGCCCAAUGCACUGGUCCCCUUCUCCUGCCCCAGAAUAAUUGCUGUCCCUCCUCCCAACCCCAAUUUAUCUUUCUGCUCAGAAUUUUGAGUUUAAUUUAAUAUUUUUUACUGUACAAAGAACUGUGGACUCAAAUACUGUUUUUUAUAAUAAAAUGAAAAUUAAAGAUGUGCUGAAUAUUUUUUCUUGUAGCUAGUCAA